AUGUAUUUUAGGACCAAACAAGGUGUAGUACCCACAACGUCGCCUACAAAACCAACUACGUCACCAACAUCCCCUACGACGUCACCAACUUCACCCACGACGUCACCAACUUCACCUACAACGUCACCAACGUCACCUACUACGUCACCAACUUCACCCACGACGUCACCAACUUCAGCUACAACGUCACCUACGACGUCACCAACUUCACCUACAACGUCACCUACGACGUCACCAACUUCACCUACCACGUCACCAACUUCACCCACGACGUCACCAACUUCCCCUACAACGUCACCAACGUCGCCUACGACAUCCCCAACUUCACCCACUACUUCACCUACUACGUCACCCACUACUUCUCCUACGACUUCACCAACUACGUCCCGAACAUCACUUACUACGUCAAGAACUUCACCUACCACGUCCCCAAUAUCACCAACUUCACCUACUACGUCAACAAUUUCACCUACAACAUCACCAUCAAAGUAUGUAGUGGGAAAAUGUUUACAGAAUUGUGAUGGUAUGAAAGACGGCAAUUACCAGUGCUGUGGAAGUAAGUCAUAUUUUCUCAAAUUCGCUAAUUUUGCGUUAACGGCACAAUAA